AAGAAUCGUACACAUCUAGCAGCUUCUACAUUGGUGGAUUGUUGUUUGAUUCAUCCAUUUAGAAUUUGGUUGAAACUGUCGACAGAACUAAGACUAAGGACAUCUUAACUUGAUACCUAUUUUGCUGGUGUUCACUUGCCUCACAUAUUGACUACUUUCUUGGUGCUUGUAAAUCUAUCGGUUUGGCUUAUAUACAACAUCAGUUUUAACUUCCAAAGGUGUUCGUGCGGCUUCGAAAACAGACAACUUUAAGAAAACCGAAUCAGAAUUCAGAAACCAUGAACCUCUCAGAUGCUCUAUUUUCUUCGCCGAGACCCAUGAGUGAGCUCGAUGCUGCUGCGAUUAAGCUCCAAAAGGUCUACAAGAGUUACAGGACUCGAAGAAACCUUGCAGAUUGUGCAGUGGUUGUGGAGGAGCUAUGGAGGAAAGCAUUGGAAUUUGCUGAUCUAAAGCAGUGUUCUGUGUCAUUCUUCGAUGUUGAGAAACCAGAAACCGCUGUUUCAAGGUGGGUGAGGGCAAAGACUAGAGCAGCCAAGGUGGGAAAGGGCUUGUCCAAGGAUGAGAAGGCCCAAAAACUGGCGCUGCAAUACUGGGUUGAAGCUAUUGACCCAAAACAUAGGUAUGGGCACAAUCUCCACUUGUACUAUGAUGUAUGGUUUCAAAGUGAGAGUACUCAACCAUUCUUCUAUUGGCUGGAUGUUGGAGAUGGGAAAGAAAUAGGCCUCGAUGAAUGCCCGAGGACUGUUCUGCAACGCCAAUGCAUCAAAUAUCUUGGACCUAAAGAAAGGGAAGCAUAUGAAGUAAUUGUUGAAGAUGGGAAACUUGUUUACAGACAAAGUGGACUGCUCCUGGAAACCAUGGAAGGAUCUGAGUGGAUAUUUGUUCUCAGCACAACAAGAGCUUUGUAUGUGGGUCAGGAGAAGAAAGGUGUGUUUGAACAUUCGAGCUUUCUGGCCGGGGGUGCCACAACAGCAGUUGGAAGAUUAGUGGCCCACGAUGGGAUUCUUGAGGGUAUUUGGCCGUACAGUGGUCAUUAUCACCCUACAGAAGAGAACUUCAGGGAAUUCAUUAGCUUCCUUGAUGAGAACCAUGUAGAUCUUACAAAUGUUGAGAUGUAUGAAAAUGAUGAUGGUCUACCAAUUAAGGUCAGUACCAGUGAAGAGCCAAAUCCAAAACCGAUUAUAGGGCACGCUAAAUCUACAUCAGACGAUACAAAUACAAUAGUCCCAGAGGAGAUUAAAAUCACAUCCACCCAUCCACAAGCAAACAAGAAUGCUGACAUUGCUAAUGUGGAUAGUGACACUGUAACAAGUCUGAGGGUGCCUUAGUGAAGUGAACGAGAUAAAGUUGAAGUUAGAGAGAAGCCUAAGCUGUGGAUCAGAUCAAGGGUGCGGAUCGUACUAGCGUUGCAUAAAGGACCAUGUUCUAGAAGACUAUUAUUUUACCUUUUAUUAUCUUAGUUGUUUAAUAUAGUAAUAUUCUCAUUGGUUGUAGCUAGGAAUAUUCUCAAGGGUGGGGACUAGCUGGUCUACAAUAGUUUAAGCAUUUUGUUUACGCAGUCUGUUAUACACACCCCUUAUAAGGGAACAAGAACCAUGUAUUGUUUUCUUUAUGCUGAAUAUUAAGCCAAAAUUAUUCUCCUUCUUCAA